GUCUGAUGGCGCGACCGAGGCGGUCCUCGCACGCACCUUCGCGGUUACCGCCAUCACCGCGCCAUCACGCCUUCUCACGCCCCGCCGCUGCUCCUGAAGUCCUGAGGCGCUGAUUGCCGAACGGCGGGUGCCGAGCGCCGUGCGAACUUGCGCCGCACGAUGAGGGCUGUGGCUAUGACGGCGGCUGCUGGCGUGCCGGCGGCUGCGCUGCGAUGAUGUCGGGCGACCACAAGGCGGCCAAGCCGGUACCUCGCGGGUCCCCACGCCGUGUGCGGCUGAUCCUACCUAUAUCUACGCCCGCGAGAUCAGCGUGUCGCCUCUCAGCAUCAGCUUCCCCUUCAGCAGCAUCUUGGCUCAUCACCACCUCUGCUUCACACCACUGCAGCCCAGUCAUCGUCUACCAACGCCAUGCGCAAAACCGCGACACCCGCCGCCGAUCCUGCGGCCGAGGCGCCGAAGAAGGCCUCGCGCCCGCUGCGCCGCAAGACGAGCCACUCGGUCAUCGAGCGGCGCCGGCGCGAGAAGAUCAACGAGCGCCUCAUUCGUCUGCAAGAGACGGUGCCGGCGUGCCGCGCCGAGGCAACUGAGCUGCUCGAGGGCAAGCUGCAGGCCGUCAAGGGCAAGAAGCGCCUCGCCGACGACGAGCGCAGCCGCGAGGUGGAGCGCAGGAUCCAGGAGGAGAUGGUGCUCGAGAAGCUGUGCAUCAUCAGCCACACCGUCGACCACAUGAUGGAGCUCAAGGCGCAGAUCGCCGCCUACCGCCGGCUCUGCGGAGAGCUGCCUUCCGUCGAGCAGCCCUCGCCGCCGCCGGCGCACGCACACGCACACUUCGCACACGGCGACGUCUCGCCAUCAUCGGCCAGCACCUCGCUUUCGCAAGAGGCGCUUCAGGAGAGCGGCGCACCAGCCGCUGCACCGGCACGACGGAAGCGCCACUGGGGCUCCAACCGCAUCCCGCGCUGCGAGCCGUCGAAGAAAGCCGCACGGCAAUGCGAGGCGGACCAGCCAUGCUUGCACAAUCAUACGGAGUCGGACGACGAGGAGCAGCACAGCGACAGCGGCGAGUCGGCGGCGUCAUCAGCGUCCGAGCUCGCCUUCGAUGCGCCCUCGCUGCCCGUCGAGUCGCUCUACCACUCCGCUCCAUCGCGCAAGCGCCGCGCCACCGACGCCGGCUUCACGCCGGGUCUCGAGGGCCCCGGCGAGGCAUCGCUGCACGCCUGCGGCCAUCUGCACACGCCGGGCGGCCCGCCGCCUGGCCUCGGCUGGCCCGGCGCCGCCCAUCAUCCCGGCCACGGCAGCACGGCGCGCGCUCUGCCUCACCUGUGGGGCCUGCCGACGCCACGGCGCUCGCUCGCAGCACUGCCUUCGCUCUCGUCGAGCUGGCGAGGCGCAGGCGGCGAGCCGGACCAGCACCGUCUUGCCAGCCUGCGUCUGCCGCCACUGCGACAUCUCGGCGGGUGCGGCGGCGGCCCGGCCGUGGUGCUGCGGCCACGCAGCCUCUCGCCGCUGCAAUCUCCAGCAGCGUACGACGAGCCGGCGCGCAAGCGAUCGACGGAUGGCAGUGGCGAUGGCGCGCUGGCGGUGCUGGCCGCCGUGAGCGAGAGCGCCGGGCGGUAGGGUGUUGCGUUCCUGAGCCGCCCCCUGACGAUAUCAGCUGUGUCCCCAAUACCAUGUUCCUGAGCACGUG